AUGGCCAAACAGAGUCUUCCUCUCGAAGCUCGUCGAAUACGAACCAUCAUUGUUACGCUGCCUAUUAUAACAGCGUGUUCAUUUGUUUUGUACAAGCGGCUGGUGCUUGGAGAGGAUCAGCGCAAGUUGCCCAGCGCGUUGGACGCUGAGAAUCAGAACAUGAGGAUUUUGGAAACGCAGAAGAAGGAUGGAACGCCAAAGAUUAUUUGA